AUGAAGGGGUUUGAGCUCGGAGCAGAGGUGGUGGGAGUGGGUAAGACACUCAUAUAUACAUAUCGGUGGUUGUUUGCGGUUGUUCGUCCCUUCAAGGGUCGGCUUAAGCUGCGAACUUCGGCAGCUGCGGCGGAAUUGCGUCGAAGUCAGGUGAACAGCAAACAGCCGCAGCCAAUAAAGGCGAACAGAGUCGCCCGGCUAGCUACAUCAGCUACGCUCGGUUUGGCAGCGAGAGAGCUAUUCCAACACCCAGAACUACGGAUACCCCUCUCCCAGUAUGUUCGUUUCCUGGCCUUAUCCCUACUAAGGAAGCUCCUCUACGAUUCAUGA